CUUGAUUGUGAAGCUGUGCGUAACGGAGCACGCGGUAUAUCGGUAACGGUAACGGAGCAAGAGUCGAGUGAUAUUUCACAUAUGAUCGGAUGGUUGAUAGUGCGAAUGUGAUACGCGAAUGUUUACAGUGAUGGGAGAUCGAAAUCUAUUUUCUAAAUUGUAGUGCUGCGGAUGGUGUAGUCCAGCGAUUUGAAAAUUUGUCAAACGUCAGAAUCUGGAUUGGGAUUGUGUUGAUUUUUUAGGGUUUUUAUUGCUUUUUUCGUUAAGAAGAUUAGGAUGUUCUUAAAGGUGUUACAAGGGUGAUUCGCCAACGGAUUAACGUAGGAUGUAGUUAUGUGUAAUUAUAUACAAGGUGAUUCAUAAAAUGGUGGGAAUAUUUUCCAAAAGUUGGCUAACAGAUCAGUCAACUGAACAUACUAGCCGAACAAUGAACCGUUCCAUCCGAUUUCGCGUUACAUUCAAAUAUAAACUGCCGAUACGAGACCGAUAUAGUGAAAAACAGUGAUAGUGAUACGAAACAUCGGACAGACUAUUCGUCAAUUUGCAAUGCACCCGAAGAUUUUCGACUAUUUCACCUAUGUCGCGUCUGAUACGUUUGCACGUCUAUUCCGGACAGUUCGCCAUUUUAUUGCCUCACGGUUGUGAUGACGAGGAAGUGUACAGCUUGGACCAGAUCAAGGAAUUCGAAACCGUAUCGCCUGCUUAUAAGGAAUGGUUGGCCGAGGUUUUGGAAAAAGAAGAGGAUGAAUUGCAGAUAUUCGUCAAGUUCUUCAAGUUUCACAAGUGCUACGAUCUCAUACCAACAUCUGCGAAGCUAGUCGUUUUUGAUACACAACUAUUGGUGAAAAAAGCUUUUUUUGCACUUGUUUACAAUGGCGUUAGAGCGGCCCCGUUAUGGGACAGCUGCAAGCAAGAGUUCGUCGGAAUGCUGACCAUCACCGAUUUCAUAAAGAUCCUGCGCAUGUACUACCGCUCGCCCAGCGUUGCCAUGGACGAACUGGAAGAGCACAAAUUGGACACUUGGCGAAGGGUCCUCAAGGACAAGAAGCCUUUGAUCUACAUCAGUCCCGAUGCGUCUUUGUACGAUGCGAUCAGGAUGCUUAUACACAAUAGGAUACACAGAUUGCCUGUCAUCGACCCCGAUACGGGGAACGUGCUCUAUAUUCUAACGCAUAAGAGGAUACUUAGGUUCCUGUUUUUAUAUAUUAAUGAAUUACCCAAACCUAGUUAUAUGCAUAAAACGUUAAGGGAAGUAAGGAUCGGCAGUUACGACAAUAUCGAAACGGCCACAGAAGACACAACUAUAAUAUUAGCUUUAAAAAAAUUCGUCGAAAGGCGGGUGUCAGCAUUGCCCAUCAUUGACGCUGAAGGACGGCUUGUAGAUAUUUACGCUAAGUUCGAUGUAAUUAAUUUGGCUGCAGAGAAAACUUAUAACGAUUUGGAUGUGUCUUUGAAGAAAGCCAAUGAACAUAGGAAUGAAUGGUUUGAGGGUGUAUAUAAAUGUAAAUUAGACGAAACUUUAUAUGCUAUAAUGGAGAAAAUUGUUAAAGCUGAGGUUCAUAGGUUAGUUGUAGUUGACGAAGAAGACAAAGUUAUAGGUAUAAUUUCUUUGUCUGAUUUACUUCUGUACCUGGUAUUAAAGCCUUGCGGUGAAGAUGGUGGAACUUUGUUAGAUACUGUUACUUCUCUGAGAGCUCAGGACGUAAAACAAAUAAACGAAGCGUUAAACUCGUCGCGCAGAACCUCCUCGACGGAAGAGGUGUCGCAGACCAUCCACGAAGAGGAGGAGCACUUGGAGGAGGAAGCAACCGAUGCCAAAAAUGAUGGAAACGAAGAGAAGAAAAUCGAGGAGGAGGAAGAGGAGCACGAGGAGAAAAACGACCCUGAAGUUGGUAGCAGCACACCUACCACGCCUGUGAUAGAUCCUUUGCAGUCUGCAGACCAGACCGCGGCGGCCAUUUUCAGGGAGGUCACCGUCACAGGAGGAGAGUGAUUUGUUCCUAGACGAACACACAAGAAGAACGGGUUUUAAGAUAACGUUGCUGCAGUCUUCAACACGGAACAUUUCCAGGGCAAACCAGUGGCGUAGCUAGCAGGGUUUCUUUCUGAAUAACGGCCCCAUUUUAGUUUUGCGUUAGGCUUUCUAUAACACCAGGGCCAUCACUUUUGCCAGUGUACGGUGUACAGCACUAACAUGCGAGCAAACAAAUAAACUAGUAAAAUUCUUAAUUUGUGUCUUCAAUUAAGGAUUUAAAUUUUAUUAUAUACUUACUCUACUUUUUGUGAAGUCCUUUUAUUCGGAAUAAUGUUCUUUUCUUGAAUACCAUAAUUUGAUUCAGGAUUCCUACUAGGUAUAGGGGAAACACGAAAGAAAAAAAGAAUACAUAGUUUCCCUCGUUAUCUAUGCUCCCAAAUUAUGCCCUGGAUUCAGUAAAAAAAAGCGCCAACUGGCGCGGAACGAGAAAGUAACAAACAAAACAGAAAAUAGAAUCGAGUAUAGGACUUGGGGCAAUAAGGUACCUAGAUAACAUUUGUAUUUCGAUCAAUUAAAAUUAUAAGUUUUGUUUACAUCCUGAAAUAACGCAUCUUUUUUAAUUUCUUUGAAAUGCUAAAUAGAUUUAUUUACAUUUUGAGUACAAAGAUUUGGUGACGACAGAAUCAAAAAGUAUGGGAUGGGAUUGAAUUUGCAAAAUAUGAGGUCCGCACUUUAUGAGGAGACAUCAACUGGGAAGAAUAAUAAUCCGAAUCUUGCGGACCAUUUUUUUAAAUCGCCCUCCUCUUAAGUAAUCACGAAAAAUGUUUUUUAGCUCCGAUCAUUUUUUUCAGGUUUCUCAAAACAGGUCCUCAUACGCGAGAUAUAAGCCAUUCAAUGUUUGAAAAACCCUAAAAAUGAUUGAAGACUGUUGGAAAUAAUCAUUUUUGAGGUAUCUAAAUUAUAGCUCUUUUGCUAAAAAUAUGUGGCAUAUCGUGGUUGUUCAAAGUCGCCGUUUAGAAAUUAUAACAUUUAUCAGCGAAUUAUUAAAAAAAUCAUCUUCGUAGAAAUGGAAAUGAAGUUUUUUAUUCAAAUGUGGUUUAGGUACCUUAUUGCCCCAAGUCAUCCAAUCAUACUGUCAGCCAUGUGAUGCAAUUUUUAUACUUGGAGCUAGAUUCCAAACUAAACUUCGACUGUUGAAAUUUCGAUGUCACACAUGGAUCCACUCUGAUAAUUUUGACACUUUAUUAUAGCUAAUUUCAAUAUUGAAAUUAUCAUGGCAGUGGGGAUAUUCAUAAUUUCCAAAAUUUUAAGGAAUUUAAAAUUUUCGAAAUUUAGAUUUUAUUCAGAAUUUUCAAAAUUUUC